GUUGCAGACAUCAAUACUUAUCGAUAGCUUUGGCAGUCACAUUACCGCGAUGCGUUUAUAUUGGCUGCAAAGUUCUUUAAAAUUGCUUAAAUGCAAUAGAAACAGCUUAUGGACAAGAAGUGUACAUAGCUUAUCUUCUACAACACAGGCUAGUGGACAAAAUACUUUAUCAACGACGCCGCCUGUGCAACCUACAGAGGUGAUUGACAGCGAUAGCAACAGGGAAGAGCAGCAGCGGUCGUUGCACAUAGCCGUAAUUGGAGUCCCAAAUGUUGGCAAAAGUACCUUUAUCAACAAUAUAAUCAAUCAUAAGGUAUGUCCCACUUCUGCGAAGGUACAUACAACGCGAAAGGCUAACACCGCAAUUUUGACUACGGGACAGGCGCAGCUCGUAUUCUACGAUACACCCGGCUUGGUGACUCAAAACGAAAUACGGAAACAUCAUUUAGAGCAGAGCUUUAAAAGUGCUUAUCGUCAUGCCAUUCAACAUGCGGAUAUUAUAGCUGUUAUGCAGGAUGCCUCCAACAGUUGGACGCGCAAAGCUUUACAUCCCACAGUGAUCGACACGCUGAAGACCUAUGCCCAAUUGCCUAGUUUUUUGGUGCUCAAUAAAGUUGAUGCCUUAAAAUCAAAACGUGUCCUCUUGGAUCUGAUUAAGACGUUGACGAAUGAUACUCUGCGCAACAAGAGGGCUGAUAGAAAAGUUUCACUGCAAAGCGAUUCAAUAGGCGUCCGUUUGAAUCAGCGCGAAACCAGUUGGAAUCAUUUUAGUGAUGUUUUCUUGGUGUCCUCCAUCACGGGCAGUGGAUUGCAAGAGCUGCAGGAUUAUUUAGUAGAUUUUGCCAAACCAAGACGUUGGCGCUACCCAGCUGACGUGUAUACAGAUGAAACACCUGAGACGUUAAUUGUGGAAAGCGUGCGAGCGCGUUUACUCGACUAUCUGCCACAGGAAAUUCCCUAUAAUCUGAAAUGCGAGCUGGAGUACUACAAUGUGGAGAAGCAUGUGGUCUACACCUCGGUUACGGUUCAGUGCCCCACGCCUCGAAUUGAGCGCCUUAUCUGCGGCGAAUCGAAUGGAAAACUACGUCAGAUAACCGAACGAGUGACCUCUGAUUUGGUAGAAAUGUUUGGUCAAGCGGUGUCCUUAACCAUUUCCACCAUGUCCGGUGGUAAGAGAAAUGUCUGAAUGCGUGUUCCAAAUCAUCCAUAAGCCCCGGGUAAACUGAAUAUAUUGUUGUUGAUUACGUUAUAACGGACUCUUAAACAGGAUGCUAAUUAGCGCGCGCAGUUUCCAUCAAAUCGAUUAAAUUUAAUAUCUACCUUCAGUAACUUGAUUCACCAAAUUU